GUCUAGCGGUAUAAAUACAGUGUCUUGGUGCGAGAUGAGCGCCGACACCCGACACACUUGCCAUCGUUCAUCUUCCAUUGUAUGAACAUAGCCAUAAGGAUGCUGCAGCAAGCCCUCAAAGUGUCCGGUCGCAGUGCGUCCCCGCUGAUCAAGUGGAUGGAGAAGUGGGCUGAGAGCGCAGCUAGCCUGAAGAAGACGGAGGCGACGCACCGGAUGAAAACCCUGGAGGAGAUGCCGGGACCAACCGUCGCCAAAUUUGCCUGGGACCUCUUCGCCAAACGGGGACUGUCCCGCCUCCACGAGCUGCAGCUUGAGGGUGUGAAGCGCUACGGGCCAAUGUGGAAGGCCAGCUUCGGUCCCAUCCUGACAGUGCAUGUGGCCGAGCCAGCCCUGAUAGAGCAGGUGCUGAGGCAGGAGGGCCAGACCCCAAUCCGCUCUGACCUCUCCUCCUGGAAGGACUAUAGGAAACAACGAGGCCAUGGCUACGGACUGCUCACAGCUGAGGGGGAGGAGUGGCAGGCGGUGCGGAGUCUCCUGGGGAAGCACAUGCUACGUCCAAAGGCGGUGGAGGCCUACGACGCUACUCUAAACGGCGUGGUAGAUGACCUCAUCACUAAGCUCCGCCUCCGCAGGCGCCAGGACCCCCGCGGCCUCGUCCCGGACAUCGCCAGCGAGUUCUACCGCUUCGGCCUCGAAGGGAUCUCCUCAAUCUUGUUUGAGUCCAGGAUUGGUUGCCUAGACCCUGUGGUUCCCACGGAGACAGAACGUUUCAUUCAGUCCAUUAACACCAUGUUUGUCAUGACGCUCCUCACCAUGGCUAUGCCCGCCUGGUUACACCAGUUGUUCCCCAAGCCCUGGGACACUUUCUGCCAGUGCUGGGACUACAUGUUCCAAUUCGCUAAAGGUCACAUUGACCAGCGUCUGAUGGAGGAAGCAGAGAAGGUGGCACGGGGAGAGGAGGUGGAGGGGCGAUAUCUGACUUACUUCCUGACCCGCACGGGGCUGCCCAUGAAGACAGUGUACAGCAACGUCACCGAGCUGCUCCUGGCUGGGGUGGACACGAUCUCCAGCACCAUGUCCUGGUCCCUUUACGAGCUGUCUCGGCACCCCGAGGUGCAGGCCUCGCUUCGGGAGGAGGUACUGGCCGUGAUGGGGGGUCGGAGGGUGCCUGGGGCUGCAGACGUGGCUCGCAUGCCCCUCAUGAAGGCUGUGGUCAAGGAAGUGCUCAGACUUUAUCCUGUUAUUCCGGCCAAUGCCAGGGUCAUCGCAGACAAAGACAUCCAGGUCGGCGGCUACCUCCUCCCCAAAAACACUCUGAUCACCCUCUGCCACUUCGCCACAUCCCGGAAUGCAGCAUUUUUCCCGAACCCGAAUGCCUUCCAGCCCCAUCGCUGGCUGAACCGGGAAGAAGGCCACCACCCCUACGCCUCAGUGCCCUUUGGUGUGGGCAAACGCAGCUGCAUCGGCCGGCGCAUCGCAGAGCUGGAGGUCUACCUGGCACUUGCACGAAUUCUGAUGCAGUUUGAUGUGAAGCCCGAUCCAGAUGGCAGUGGUGCAGCAGUCAAACCCAUGACCCGGACACUGCUGGUGCCAGAGAGUGAGAUCAACCUGCAGUUUAUUGAAAGAUGAGUCGAUGACCUGCUGAACACUAGCUAUGUGUAUUUGACAGUGACUGACAAUCCAAGUCUCUCAGAGUGAGACAGUUGGCAGCACUGGGAAAAGCACUGAUAAAGAGGGCCCGACUGAAUUUGCAGCCCUGUAGGCCUAAACACAUAGACCAGGCCCUCAGCCCCUCAGAUCUCAAGCCCAGAUGGUUUGGGCUGGCCUGGGUCUGAGUUGAUACAGCAGCUGAAUGAGGGGCUGAUAGAGGUCUCAGAUUAAUGUCAUUGUUAAUUGAAAACAUUCCUCUCUGUAUAUGAACAGUAGUAGUUGCAUUUCCAGUGUACUGAAACUCACUUCCCACACAUUUUUUGCACAAGGAGGCUAGGAGAGGGUGAAGGGUGGGUAAGGCAAUAUUUAAAGUGUCUUAGAGCCUAUCUUGAAACUUCUCCCCAUGCAGAGUGAAAUGCAUAAAACUUGAAACCUUUGACUGAAACUUGAAAAGUGCAUCAGGACUAAUUAUGUGACAUAGUACUAUAAAGCUGCAAUCAGCAGUAGAAACGAUAACAAAGCGGCCCCGCCCCUGUUUUGGUAAAAACCUGAGGGAUGGGGCUGAAGAAAUGUAACCACUUACAAAUUCAUAGACAAAGCUAUGGA